GGGAAGCCGCUGGUGUCCGGCAGCGCCCUGCGCCUCGAGGGGCAGCUCGUCGUGUACAACUACCGCGGGGGGCCCUGCUACCGGUGCCUGUUCCCCGAGCCGCCCCCGCCCCACACCGUGACCAGCUGCGCCGACGGGGGCGUGCUGGGGGUCGUGCCCGGCAUCAUCGGCUGCAUCCAGGCCCUGGAAGUGCUCAAGAUCGCCUCGGGAAUGGGCUCCUCCUUCAACCAGUUCAUGCUCGUGUUCGACGCCCUCGAGGGGAGGUUUCGCAACAUCAAGCUGAGACCAAAGAAACCGGACUGUGCCGUGUGCGGGGACAGCCCCACCGUCACCUGCCUGCAGGAUUACGAGGCGUUCUGUGGGUCUUCUGCCACCGACAAGUGUAGGACUCUGCAUCUGCUGCCCAGCGAGGACAGGAUCUCGGUAGAGCAGUACAAGAAGGUGCUGGAUGACAAAGUCCCUCACGUGCUGCUGGACGUCCGGCCGCGGGUGGAGGUGGAUAUCUGCCGCCUGGAACACGCCGUCCACAUCCCGCUGAGCAAACUGGAAGAGAAGGAUGAAGAACAGCUGGAGUACUUGGAAAAAAGAAUUCGCGAAGAAAAGCAGAGAACUAAUGACCAAGCAUCUCUUCCUGUGUAUGUUGUUUGCAAAUUGGGAAAUGAUUCCCAGAAGGCUGUAAAAAUCCUGCAGGAGCUACCUGCCAAAGAAUCUGGUUCUCUGUUAGCAAAGGAUAUUAAAGGGGGGCUCAUGGCUUGGGCCACUAAAAUUGAUCCAACAUUCCCUCAGUAUUAGAAAUUUAUGGGGAAAAAACCCACAUGUUUUCCUAGUAGGUUCCAUAGGUUUUCAUCUUCUCUGUCUAAUGACUAUAUUUCAUGUUAAAAACAGAAAUACCAUGUUGCUUAUGUUACUUUUUUUUCCAAAAACACUAUGUAUUUUUCUAGGUGUCUGAUUAUUUUUAUAAAGAUGUGAAUCUGUCCAUGGGAAUGGAAGAGAAAUGUGUUUCUUGGUUAUGAUUUAAUAGUAAAGACUUGGUAUAACCAUGGAAUUGUGCAUGUAAUGAUUGAGAAUGGCUCCUGAUUAUUAAUUGUAACCUGAAAAUGACAAAGCUUAGGGAUCAUGUUUUUACUCAAUCUCCCAAAUCCUUUAGAGAUGGAAACAGUGCAUGAAACAAUUUAAAAAAAAUAACUGUUAAUCUGUAGCAGUACUAAUCUGUCACAGGGAAUUGCCAAGGCAGCACUGAUGAGACCAUUGUGGUCAACAUCUUUUAGUUCUCUGUAGGAAACUUGUGUAUUUAUGGGAGAGAACAGCACCUACAGCAAGGGGGUUCUGCUAAGAACUUCCAGAGCCAGCCAUCCCCACUUGUGGGCCGACAAAAAAGUGGAUUCUCCAAUUUGAAUAGAGAAACUGAGAUUGACUGUUAAUAAGAUGUAAGUCUGACCCCAGAAAGUUUGUAAAACAGACGGAAAAUGCUUUUGUCAGUGCUUAGAUUCCAGAGGUUGAGAGAUAAGGGGUGGGAGGGGAGAAGAAAAUAUACAUAUUUAUCCUCCCUCCUGCAAGGACAAAGACCUAUUUCUUAAGUUUUCUCUCUGUUUGGCAAUUGUAUGUCCAUGUUUAUUUUAUUGGCUUGCUGGCAUGGAGAGCUCUGCACGUCUGAGAAGUAUCUGUAGUUGAACUGAAUGAAAAGAAAGAGAAAUAAAUAGCUUCUCAACAGAGCUGCCUGAGGCCUCAUCACUUCAGCAUAGUAAUUAUCUCCUUAUAUUAAUUAAGGUAUGGAUUUCUUUACUUCCCAAGGAGGAAAAAAACACCUGUCACGACUUAAUCUUCACAUCGUACCAGGGGGAGAAAAAGAGAAAAAGAAUAGUGCCAUUAUAAUUAGUAGUUGAAAAGGUAUAUUUUAGUAAAGUAAAUUUGAGAACAGCCACACUCCUGCUUUAUUAUAAGAUGCCAUGGUUCUGGCAAUGACAGUCUUGGAUGUGAGUUUAUGAACAAAGUUGUAUCUCACAGUUUAGAGGACAAUGAAAGUGUGGGAGGACAUGACUUAUAAACUAAGUUUUAGUGUUUGUGGAUGUGCUUUUCAGGUGGACAGUGGAGGCUCAGCUCAGUCAGAAUGUUUAGGUCCUGGUAGGUUCCUCUUGUGGGAUUUGGAAACCAGAGGGACUUGUUUGAAAUGCCUGACCUGUGUUUCCAUUUUUCUGCCUUUGCUGUGAUGUCAGGGAGAGACUGGCACACUAAAGGCAGCAGUAGCAGAAAUUCUGAACCACCUACAGCAGGGAGUGUGUCACACACCCAUCUGCCCUGAAAAAGGGACUCCUUUCCAGUCAUUCCAGCAAGGAGACUCCAAGGACCGGGAGAGAAGGGAAAGACUUGGAUUCUAAAUCUGAAUAUUUUCCUUUGUUACGACUUGUUUUGCCUGUGUGUUGUCCUGAAAUGUUCUCUGCUGGUGUUCUCAUCCCUUCCCAGGACUCAUUAAACUAUUGAUGAAGCAGGAGUAGGACUCUGAUCCUUGAGGGUCCCUUCCAACUCAGGAUAUUCUGUGACUCUGGUUAAACAUUUAGCAGCAGGUGUUUACAAAUUCUGGGACGGAAGGAGGAGGAUAUUUUGUAGCAAAUUUAAACCUGAGUUUCUUGUAGCUCAUUUUCAAGCAGGAAACCAGACUGUGAGUCUUUGUGCUUUAUAGAAGACAGUCAACAGGUGAAGGUUCUGGAGAAUUCUGUGGAAACACAGUGAUAAGGAUGAAUGAAAAUGGACCCAAACCAGACUGAUAUCAGAACUGGCAAAAAAAAAAAAAAAAA